AUGAAUUUUAGAAAUCGCAUCUUUAAAAUCAAGAUCUCAUCAAUUAUAACUCCAUAAUUGUAAACUAUUUCAAAUUUAUUAAAGAGUUGAGAAAGUAGCUGAUUCUUUAGAUAAAUGGACCAUUUAUAAACCUGAAUUUAUUGCUUUGAUUAUUAAUUCUUUAGGUGGAUCUCUUAUUUAAACUUAAAAUCUAGCUAUUCUAAUUAAAAAGUAUAGUCAAAUACAUAAGUAAUAAUUAUUUUAUUUUAGUAUUCCAAUCUACUGUUUUGGAGAAGAUAUUGUAAUUAAAAGUGCUUUAGGAUUGUUAACUAUUGGUGAUAAGGCUUAUGUGAGUUAAUAAAAUUAAAAUUAUAGAUCCCUAUGCUAUUGUUGGAAAUAUGGGAUAUGCUUAGCCUUAUUUUGAUUUAAGAAAAUUAGCUUCAAAUUGGUAUAUUCAUUAGAAACAUAUUGCUACAAAUGAUAAUAUGAAACUUUUAAAUCCAUUAAAUGAAUUAUCUAACUAGGAUAAAGAAUGGGUAGAACAAUAAAUGAAGAACUAGGAAGCAGAAUUAAUUAAUAUGAUUGAAAUUAAUAGGAAAUUAGAUAAAUCAACAUUUGAUGAUAGAUAAAAAGACAUCUAUCAUAAUGGAAUAAUACAACCAAAUGUAUUAUUAAAACAUGGAAUAAUUGACGGUUAUACAGGUUUUGAUGCUAUGAUACAAGGAAAGAAGGUCCGUAAAUUAGUGUGAUU